UUGGAAAAAAUGGUGACAAUACGGAUGAAUAUACUCCUAAUAAAUUCUAUAAUGAUGAUGGAUUAUCUAGGACUUCCGAACGAAGAGAUCAACCACAAAGGCGGCGGAGUGAUAAUCGUUCACGUCAAUAUCAACAAUAUGCUCAAUACGCUCAAAAUAUUACUACAUCACCUCAAGAUUCAAAUCAGUCUCCUCAAAGUUUUGUUGAACAGGAUGGUCAGGUCAUUAACAAUGAUGUAGAGGAUGAGGAUAAUGAAAAUGAAAAUGAAGAAAAUUCGGAUUUCUUUCAAACCGCUUUUCGACCCACAACUGGUGAUAAUCAUACCAGCUUUUAUAAACGUAGCAUGGCACGGACUUCUGUAACUUCUGAUGAAACUCCUGAUGCUACAGGUGCUCAAACUCGUCGUCAAAAAUCUCUUGUAAAACCUGAACGUGCGCGUAAUCGUCGUGUCAUGAAUGAUCAAAGAAUUGAUCAAAAUAAUAUUGAAAAUUUAAAUAAUAGAUGGAGUACUUUUGAUAAUAAUCGUAGAGAUAAUGAUGAUCGAAAAAAUCAAGGUCGUCCUUCGGGUGAGCGGAGGUCAUCUCCAAUAGUUCAAAAAAAGAAAAAAUGUCAAUGUCCUUCUGCCUGGGUAAUGUUUUCAAGAUGUAUUACCUGUUGGGCUCCUCCAUUUUUGUCUUGUUGCGGAAUGAAUGAUGUGUUGGCUCAACAUGCUUGGCGUGAAAAGGUCGCUCUUGUUGUGAUUAUAUUCACUCUUUGUAUAGCUGUCGGUUUCUUGACUUUUGGUUUUGAUCAAGUUUUUUGUGGCGCUCCUCCCCAGCGGAUUGGUGCAAUUACUAAUAGUCAAAUUUCUAUACUUGGGAGAGUUUUUAAUAUUAAAGGGUUUACUCAUCCUCCAAUUCCAGGCAUGAUAAAUUCUACUAAUUUUGAAAGAACUGCUGGUGGUAAUGAUUUAUCGUUCCUGUUCCAGGGUGCUAACAUUCAUUGCAAAGGCCUAUUUAUUCCCAUUCAACCUGCUGAUAGCAAUGGAAACGUUAUUAAUUAUUUCCCCUGCGUAGCUCUCAGUAAUAAUGAUCCUAUGGCUCCAAAUACUUCUUUAAAUCCUACUCAAUCUGGUUGUCAUGGUUCUACUGCCGCGAGACGUAAUGUAUUAACUUUAAAAUCUGUUGGUGAUAUCUUUUAUGAUUGGGAUGAUGUACAAUCUUCAAAGCAUAAUUAUGUUGUUUUUAAUGG